AGAACUACCUUAAGAAAACUUUGCAUAAUAGACUGAUAGCAGUCAUUCAAAAACAGUGACCAGUAUGCCGUCGGAAUUGCAAAGGACGACUUCUCCAGAAUUAGAAUCGAAAUCUUCCUUUGAUUUCCGUGGAAUCUCAGAGCAACCCAAGCCGAUGCUCAGACGGCUGAAAUCUGUACCAACCAGGAUGAUGAUAUCAGAUCAAGACCAAAGUAAGCCUCUCACCACUAAAGAAAGACUCCAGCAGGCCCUCAAGAAGGCGAUGAACCUCGAUGUAAUCAAGUCUCGCUUUGAGGAGGUGAACGUUCAAAUCAACCAAACAAGAACCUGUGCCGCUGGCGUCCUCAAGACGCUUGGCAGCGAGUCAGAUACAGAUCCAUCACAGUUCAACGAUGACUCAGAAGAAAAGGAGAGGAAUAAUCAGGCCGAAGAGAACGAAGAUGACAGUGACCAAGAUUCUUUGGAACGCAAAGGAAAUUUCUUCAAACCACAGAAGAUAAUCCUUGGGAACAAGGAGAAAAAUGCUCCGUGGAACUCACAGAACAACUCCCACGGGAAUGUUAUUGGCCCAGGAGCCAACUCACAUUCCCCCUUCAAAGCCUCGUCAAGUUCCAAGAAACCUGCAUCGCUAGAUGAUCUCCUGAGCCCCACACCGCAUAUUCGAUACCUCCCUGGCAUUGGAAGAAUUUGGGUUCGCACUUGUCAAGGAGUAGCAGUGAAAGUGAAAUCUCCAGAGGAAGGACACGAAAAGAGACACUUGUAAGUCAACACGUUGUCACAAAUAAUGUCCACCAUUGUCUAACUGUAUAGAAGCAGCAUAGUGAGAAAAGCUAAUCGUAUAUUAAAAGAACACUAAUAAAUCCCAAAUGGAAUG